AUGGACCAGGGCAACCCCGAGAAUGAGGAGAUCGUGGAGCACAUCGAGACCAGCACUGCGACGAACCCGAUGUGCGACUUCAAAAACGAUAAAUACUCGAUUCACUGGGCUCCUAUCAACCGCCCUAGCUUCGGCCAGGAUGGAUCUUCAAGCCCGCGCAUCCGAACCGGUGGGCUCCACAUGUUGGCGUCGUUCCCUGCCCGGCCCGGGAGCCCGGUUCACACGGCACCCGCUAUUGUAGGGGAGAGCAAGGUACAUGUGUAUGCCUGCCCCGCCGUCUGGCCUCAUGAGAGAGCCCCUGUGGCGGCGAGUCUCUAG